AGAACAAGCUCGUGGUGCACCUGUCAUCUGUCGCGCUGUUGUUGGGACAGGCGUGCAGCCAGCGCGGCCAACAGUCGGGGUGUUGGAGCUUUGUUAGCGUGCUUUGGUCGGACCCAGCAACUAUCGAACCCGAUCCCGACCUCAGAACAAAUCUUUUGACCUCCGUCAACACCUCCCGCAUUCCCCCCCAAACCGGCCAUCUCUCGCCCGCGGCCUUCGCUCCCUUCUACCUCUCCCUCCCAUCCCGCCGCUCCAAUGGCUGCCUCCAGGCUCCUCCGCCCGGCAGCCCGCCUGCUGUCCGGCGCCCGCCCAGCUGCUCCUGCUUUCCGACCCGCGUUCCGCCCCCAGGCCGUCACCCCGUCUAUUGUCGCCAGGAGAUACGCUUCCGAUGGAGGAAGCAAGGAGAUGACGGUGCGAGAGGCCCUCAAUGAGGCCAUGGCCGAGGAGAUGGAGGCAAACGACAAGGUCUUCGUGCUGGGUGAGGAGGUUGCGCAGUACAACGGCGCAUACAAGGUCACAAAGGGUCUGCUCGACCGCUUCGGCGAGAGGAGGGUAAUCGACAGCCCCAUCACCGAGUCUGGCUUCGCCGGUCUCUGUGUGGGUGCUGCGCUGGCGGGUCUGCAUCCCGUGUGCGAGUUCAUGACCUUCAACUUCGCCAUGCAGGCCAUUGACCAGAUAAUCAACUCGGGCGCAAAGACGCACUACAUGUCCGGCGGUAUCCAGCCCUGCAACAUCACCUUCCGCGGUCCCAACGGCUUCGCUUCCGGUGUCGGUGCCCAGCACUCCCAGGACUACAGUGCGUGGUACGGAAGCAUUCCCGGACUGAAGGUCGUCGCGCCGUACAGCGCCGAGGAUGCGAAGGGUCUCCUGAAGGCUGCCAUCCGCGACCCCAACCCGGUCGUCGUCCUGGAGAACGAACUCCUCUACGGGCUUUCCUUCCCCGUGAGCGAAGCCGCCCAGAAAGACGACUUCGUCAUUCCCAUCGGCAAAGCCAAGAUUGAGCGCCCCGGCAAGGACCUCACCAUCGUCACCCUCUCCCGCUGCGUGGGGCAGUCGCUUGUCGCCGCCGAGCAGCUCAAGUCCAAGUACGGCGUCGAGGCCGAAGUCAUCAACCUGCGCAGCAUCAAGCCGCUCGACGUGGAAGCCAUCAUCAAGUCGGUCAAGAAGACAGGCCACCUCCUCGUCGUCGAGUCCGGCUACCCAUCCUUUGGCGUCGCCUCCGAGAUCAUGGCGCUCGCCUGCGAGUACGGCUUCGACUACCUCAAGGCACCGCCUGCACGUGUCACCGGCGCUGAGGUCCCCACCCCGUACGCCCAGAAGCUCGAGGAGAUGAGCUUCCCCACCGAGGGACUCAUCACAUCGUAUGCCGCGAAGCUGCUGCGCGUAUAAGCGCGCUCUCGGGGACGGUUGGGGGCUUGCAGGAUGAAGUUCACCUUUUUAGACUUAUGGACACCAGAGGAAGGGGGCGGUUUUGGAUGAAGUUGGAUUGAGUCGAGCAUUUGUAUCAAAAGAUGAGGAACCUUCUAUUCGCGAGCGAUGAUGUGGGUACCAAGCUAGCGUGGAGCCGUUGCUUCCAGUGUACAACUAUCUGUGUCUUCAGAUGCAUCUCCAUUCAUACCUGUGCGGGACUAGACUAGCGAAGCGAGCGAGCAGGUAGGAUCGAGGACGAUCGGUAAUCAUGUGUUUCAUAUAUCUAUG